AUGAGAACAGAAAGCAACAGUGGAUCGAAGGGAACCUUCAAGACGAUGAAGCUAGGAUUUCUAGGGCUGGUUGGAAUGGUGGUUGUGUACUAUGUGCUUCUGUUUAUCUUUGGAAUCAAGUACUUAGACCCGGAAUACUAUGGAAGUUAUUUCUAUGCUUGGAGAGUGAACUUUGCAGACAAGAUCAUGACACAUGGGAGAUACAAGCUCAUUAAGAAGAACGAGCACCCGGACACAGAGGACAGGAAGAAGUUCUACAAGAUCUCUCAAGACGAGACAGGCCCAUAUCUUAUUCGAUUUGAUCGACCGGAGCAUUUCCCACGGGGACACGAGCAUCAGUUCACAUUGAACUUCCCUGGAUAUGAGGACUUCCUAAAGAUGCGGGAGAGGUUUAUUGUUGAGUCUGAGGGAUUGCAGUCUGAGAUGGAUCUGAGCCACUCUGAUUUGAUUGACCGGAUGAAGAAGAAGAAGGAAGGAGGAGGACAGUUUCUGGCAGAGUACAAAGGCAAGUCUAUUGAGGAAAUGAAGAGCAUUCUGUUUCCAAAGAACAAUGAAGAAAAGAAUCCAUGGUUUGAGGUGAGUAACAUACUGAUCAAUGCAAUAUCCAAUAUCAUGUCCGACAAGGCUGAGGAUAGAGAGGGAUAUCUGUUUGAUGGGGAGAAGAUUGGAGACAAGAUGAUGAAGGACAUUCGAAGUGCUCUCGAGGAGCUCGACAGCCGUGCAGAAGACGAAGAUGAAAAGCUUUCGGAGAAGAUAAGCGAUUCCGACAUCAACAACUUCUUCAUCAACAAUGGGAGAGUGUCUGCAACACCACAUGAAACAUUUGCUUACUCACGGAUAUACUACCUGUUCAACUUCUUGACAGCAGGGAUUGAGUUCAAGUCUCAGAAGCUCGCAGAUCUAAGGGAGGGGGAAGAUGAAAACGAGUUCCGGGAAGAGCGAAUGAAUUAUGUUGCAAAUCUGUUUGCCAGGAUAUUUUCAAGCAUAUACCCUAACCAACACAGAAAAGAUGUCAGUUCGAUUGGGGUUCUUGAGAAGAUAAGAAAUUACUAUAGCCCGAAGACGGUUGUUGAAGAGAAGAAGGAGGUGGAUGAGGAGGAUCUCAAUCUCAUCAAGGACAAAUUCUCAACUUCGUCAAGAGUUCCUGCAUGA